GCUACUCUUUCCCUGUCUCCUCUAUUAGCUGUUCUUCCAAUCCCUGACUUAAAUGAGUUCCUUGGGGCUCUGUUCUUGCUCUGCUUUCACCCUACACUCUAUCCCUAAAUGAUUUAAUCUAUUACCUUGGCAUUAAUUACCAUCUAUUUUAUUGGCUAGGGGUAGGGAACCUCUCUUUUGUGAUCCAGACUACAUAUACAAUAUGUACUGAAAUGGCAGGACCUCAAAAUCACCUUUCCCCAAACCGAUUCUACUUCCUCAAAAACCUGUUUUCCUCUAAUGUUCUCCUUUUCUGUAGCAAAGUAGCACUUUAUUCAACAAAUGCAGACAAGUAGAGCAAAAAUAAACAAAAAGCGGAAGCAAGGAUCUGAGGGUCAAAGACCAGGGAAGUUCACUUUUCUGAGAAAACAAUUUCCUAAGCCAGCUGACCUAAGACAAGUAUGUCAAAUCUCUUGAGGUUUCCUUGAGAUAGGAAAGGUAGUUGGUGUAAAGCACAACAGGGAGCCUCCAAAGCUGGCCAGUGUGGAUUACCUGCACCAUAAGAAUGCGAGGGCCAUCGCUUCUUCCAGGGCUCUGCUUCCUGCUGAGUUUGCCAGGUGCUGUGGCUCAGAAGGCCAAAGCUUCCUGCCCUCAGUGUCCUGAUAAUGCCUAUUGUGUCAAUGGGACUUACUGUACCUGUGACUCUGGAUAUACUUCUGGAUCUGGGCAAAAGUUCUUCACGUUCCCCUUGGAGAUAUGUAAUGAUAUUAAUGAGUGUAAACCACCCUAUAGCGUGUAUUGCGGAUUAAAUGCUGAAUGUCAGAACGUUGAAGGAAGUUUCCAUUGUCUCUGUGUCUCUGGAUACAGACUCCUUUCUGGGGAUAUACAAUUCAAGAAUUCCAAUGAGAACACUUGUCAGGCCGUCACCCCCUCAAAGACACCACCAACCAAAGGCAGGAAAGAGCUGCAACAGGUUGUUGAAGAAUUUGAGUCACUUGUCACCAAUAAGACUUCCUGGGAAAAAAGUGAGAAGAGAGAAGUUGCAUCCAGGGCCACCUCCAUCCUCCAAACGGUGGAAAUGAGUGUUCUGGAGGCUGCCCUGAGAGCCCCAGACCAGAGACUCCAGAGAGUCCAGAAAGUCCACAACAGUACUGUGGCUGUUGUAACUCGAGUUGUUACGGACAACUGCUCUGAGGAGAGAGAGAGCUUCAACUUGCAGGCCCAGAUGAACUCAAUGAACAUCCAGUGCAGCGCCGUCGUCCAGGGAAACACGCAAGGUCCCAAUGCAGUUGCCUUUAUUUCAUAUGCUUCUCUUGGGAACAUCAUAAAUGCAACUUUUUUUGAAGAGAUGAAUGAGAGAGAUCGAGUCUACCUGAACUCCCAGGUAGUGAGUGCUGCUAUUGCACCGGAAAGGAACAUUUCUCUCUCCCAGUCUGUCACUCUGAGUUUUCGACAUACAAAGAUGAAGCUCAAUAGCGAAAAGGCUUUCUGUGUCUACUGGGAAAGCUCCAAGAACGGCGGCCGCUGGUCCAUGGACGGCUGUUUCCUGAUACACGUCAACGAAAGUCACACCAUAUGCAACUCCACCCACCUGUCCAGCUUCGCGGUCCUCAUGGCCUUCACAAGCCAGGAGGAAGAUGCUGUGCUGGCUGUGAUCACCUAUGUGGGGCUGGGCCUCUCUCUGCUGUGCCUUCUCCUGGCAGCUGUCACCUUCCUCCUGUGCAAAGCCAUCCAGAACAUCAGCACCUCACUCAAUCUGCAGCUCUCUCUCUGCCUCUUCCUGGCCCACCUCCUCUUCCUCGUCGGGAUUGACCGAACUGAGCCCCAGGUGCUGUGUGCCAUCAUUGCAGGUGCCUUACACUACCUGUACCUGGCUGCCUUCACCUGGAUGCUGCUGGUGGGCCUGCACCUCUUCCUCACUGCAAGAAACCUAACAGUGGUCAACUACUCUGGUAUAAACAAACUCAUGAGGAAGCUCAUGUUCCCUGUGGGCUACGGAGUCCCGGCCGUGAUUGUGGCAAUUUCUGCAGCUUCCAGACCUCACCUUUAUGGAACACCUGAACGCUGCUGGCUACAUCUGCACCAUGGAUUCAUCUGGGGUUUCCUCGGCCCCAUCUGCGCCAUUAUCUGUAUAAAUUUAGUAUUUUUUUUCUUCGUCCUUUGGAUUUUGAAAAGAAAAAUUUCCUCCCUCAACAGUGAAGUGUCAACCAUCCAGAACACAAAGAUGCUGACACUCAAAGCGAUGGCUCAGCUCUUCAUCCUGGGCUGCACCUGGAGUUUGGGUAUCUUGCAGGCGGGCCCAGCUGCCCAGGUCAUGGCCUACCUCUUCACCAUCAUCAACAGCCUGCAGGGCGUCUUCAUCUUCCUGGUCUACUGCCUCCUCAGCCAGCCGGUCCGAAAACAAUACCAAACGUGGUUUAGAGAGAUCGUGAAAUCGAAGUCAGAGCCUGAGAUUUAUACACUUUCCAGCAAGCUUGGUCUUGACUCAAAAGUAAGAGAACCUGUGGCUUUUUCUACUGUCUCACCCCCUUGAUGUCCCUAACUGCCUCUCUAUGUCUUAGUCCAGAGCUCCUUUAAUGGAAAGUAGAAGGAAGAGUUAUACUCUUGUCCUGAACACUUGGUUUGUAUCUCUCAUUCUCAGAUAUUGUUCCUCAGUUACUCUUCUCUGCUCACUAACAAUAUUGAACUGACUUUUGCAUAUGUCCACAGCAUGCAAAGAGGCAAGGUAAAACAUUGGCAACACCGUGUGGUGUCCAUGUCAAGUAGAACCCUAUGAAAGGAGACAUAAGUACCAGGUAGUCAUCAUCCCCCAAACCUCCACCAUCCUGUAGAAAGGUGGACAUGGGCCCAGUGGAGUCGGCAGAUAGCCUGGAAAGGGCUCUGUGACAGGGAUCCCACCUGAGAUGCUCUACUUAAUUAUAGGGAAAGCAUGCAGGGAAUGAUGGGGCUUUCCAGGGGAAGAAAUGGCCCUGUUAGAAAGGGAACACCUCUGGAACUCAGUCGCUGGUAUUCAUCUAUUCUUCCAUUGCGCUAACUCAGGCUCAGCACACAAGGAAUGAGCUUCUAGCCUGAUCUGAGACUUCUCUUCGUAGUUCUUUCUUGUUUGCCCUGUUAGAAAGAAAAUAGAAAAUACUUCCAAGAAGGCAUGUGUGAAUGAGCAAGAAGGGCUCCAAAGCUCUAAAUCCAUAAACUCACUUCCUAUCUUGUUUGGUUUCAUGCCUUCACCAAAGAGCCUCUGAAUACUUUGUUUACAUGGAGAAAAUUCUGCUAAAUCACCUUCUGUAUUUCUUAAGAUAAUUUGGGAUUUUCCUUAGCAGUGAAAAGCUAUAUCAAGGUCACUAAAGAAAUUUCUGUCUUUUAUUGGAGGGCCGUCGUUGUUGUGUGCCAUUGACCGGAUUCCACCUCAUAGCAGCCCUGUGGGACAGAGUAGAACUGCCCCCUCGGGUUUUCUCGGCUGUACUCUUUAUGGGAGCAGAUCACCAGGUCUUUUCUCCCACAGAGAACAUCUGGUGGGUUCAAACCUACAACCUUUUGGUUAGCAGCCAAGUGCUUGACCAUUGUGCCAGAGGGGUGGUGAAUUAAUUAUGUCUUUCCACAAGGGCCAAGAGGAAAAGGGACUCUGUCAAGGAAUCUGAAAACUUUUUAUGAAUAUCAGGCUUAAUCAUUCUCAAUCAGGGUAAAAUCGUGCUAGGUGCUGACAACUGACCGUGGCCUAUAAAGUAUUUCCCAGAUAAUCCAAAAUAAUUCCCAAAGCCACUCACACCCAGGUUGCUAGUGAAAUAAGGUGAAAUAAGGAGGUUUGUUUUUAUGAUUACUUAACGUUCAAGAAACUAAAAGAUGAGUAUAUCUUUGAAAAGGGAAAAUAUAAAAUAAACACUAUGAAUCUCCCUGUAAGAAAUACAUUAGGUUUAAUUAAAAGAAUCUCUUAAGCUCUUUUUUCCACCUCCCCAGGCACAGGAUAUGAGUAAAGAGUUAGAAGCCUUUCUCUUUCUCUGUAGACAAACUUGAUCUUUGUUUAACUUUCUGGCUCUGUUCCCCUAGAAACUAGAUAAAGAAGGAAGUCAGCUGUGUAACCAGACAGCAUUAUUUAUUGUAAAAAUUAUGCGUAACUGGUAAAUGGCCAGACAAUGAAUCUGAAACUCCUGGAAGGAAGUCAUUAAUUUUGGGCUUCCUGCAUACAAUGACUCUUAUAACUGGCUGGGUCUCUUGCCAGGACUACUAGAAGCUAUGCCCGUGGGCUGCUACAGGAGAUGCUGGCUCCAUAUCUAAAUAAGUCUUCUAACUGUAAUUGUGGGAACCAAAAAGAAUACUUGCGAAGUUCGACAAUGUGUCAGCAUUCUGCUAGGCAGUGGCCAUCCAGAAAGAAACGAGACCAACUCAGUUACUGUCUUCAGGGAGUUUAGAGUCUAGCCUAUCCUCAUAGAAAAACAACAACAUUCCGAGAGCCAAAAAUUCUGUGUGAAACACUAUAUCCGAAAAUUUUUCAAAGGGUAGAAUUCUUUGGCCUGGGUUGUUGAAAAGUCCUCCCAACAUAAGCUAAAAAGAUCGCACCUGCCCUAGGACUCUAAAUGUUGGAAGAUGUGCCAUUUUGCCCACGUGUCUGCUAAAUGAAGCUCUCUGCCUUUAACCCAUUCCUGACCUUUCAUUCAGCUUUUGUUUUUUUUUUUUAUUUAUUUGUUUUUUGUUUUUAUCCUUAUAACCACCUUUAACCUAAACAUCUCUUUUGCGGGGGUGGGGGGGUUUGCAGGACAAAU